AUGGAGACAGUACAUUAUUUAUCAACCCCAGUCCUUAUAGCAACAUCAGUCAUUUUAGCAAUAGGAUCUGCCUUAUUCUCAGGACUUACUCUAGGUAUGAUGACACUGGAUGUAUUGUAUUUACAGGUAUCUACAACAAUCACUGGAAAAUCAGGAUUAUCAAAACGUAAGUCGAAGUAUGCUCGUCGUUUACUUCCUUUAAGACGUGAUGGAAAUCUCUUAUUGGUAACGUUGUUAUUUGGUAAUGUUACUGUAAAUGCCGGUUUCUCAAUAUUAGUAUCUGAACUUACUUCUGGAUGGUUAGGUUUUGCAAUAUCUACACUAUUAAUAAUGAUAUUUGGUGAAAUAAUUCCACAAGCUAUUUGUGCAAAAUAUGGAUUAUUGAUUGGUGGUUUUUUUUCUCCAUUAAUAAGAAUCAUACAACUAAUAUUAUUUCCAUUAAUUAAGCCAAUUGCUUAUAUUUUAGAUAAUACAGUAGGAUAUCAUGGUGAAAUAUAUUAUAAAAGAGAUGAAUUAAAAAAUUUUCUUGAGUAUCAUGCAAGGGGAAAAAUAAUAAGUAUGUAUGAACUAUUUUUGAUGGAAAGUAUUUUAUUAGCAGGCAAACAAUAUAUUUCUACAAUAAUGUUACCUAUUAGUAAAUGUGUAUUUUAUAAUGUAAAUGAUAGUAUUAAUAUGGAACUAGUAAAUAAAUAUAUAUAUAAUGGAAUAACAGAAUUGAUUAUUAUGGGAACAACUAAAACAAAGCAGCUAUCAUUAUCAUAUUCUAUAAAUUCUGGUCACAAUAGUUGUAGCUUAAUUGUACAAGAUGAGCAAGAAAAUAUUGUUAGUAAAGAAUUAUUACAAGGUGAGAGAAAUCUAACUAAUGAAACAUUAUCUUAUAAUUUAAUGAAGUAUAAUAGUAAUAAUACAAUAGAUGAAGAUAUUGAAUUUAAACUAGAUAAUAAUUUUCGAAUUUUGAAUGAAAAUACUGUUAUUAUUGGUUUUUUAGAUUUAACAAAACUAAUAAAUUUGAAAGAAGAUAAAUAUAGAAUUUAUCAGGAUAAUAGGAAAUGUGAAUAUGAAAUUAGGAAAUUAAUUAAUCGGGAAUGCUUUAAAAAGCUUUCAAAUAUUUUAAUAUCAGAUGAAUCAGUUUCUAAUAUUGAAAGAUUAAAUUCUAUUUCAUUAAUUACAAAUUCUGAAACCUUGCAGAAUAAAGUAUUAUGUAUUGAUGGUAAAAUAUGUAUUGCAACACUAUUGUCAUUGUUAUCUUAUAUUCCAAUUAAUAAAGUUGGAUCUAUGCUAAUAUAUUCAUCAGAUAAUUCUAGUAUACAUUAUGAAGGAAUAAUAACAUCAAAGGAGUUAUUACAAUUUAUAGUCAAUAAAGGUAAGAAGUAUGAAAAUUUAUUGGAUUCAAGUGAAUAUAUUGAAGAAGAAGUAAUGUGUUUAAAUUGUAUUUCAAAUAUAAAAAUGACAAAUUAUCAAAUAGAAUCAGGUUAUGACUCAGAAACUAAUAGAAUGACACCAGAAUUAGAAAAUUUUAAAACAGAAAAGAAACGUAAUUCACAAUAUGUUAUUGAUUUUUCUGAAUCACGUUCAACAACAUCUCAAUCAAAAAAGGAAAAAUUAGAAAGUUCAUACCAAAAAUCUAUAGGAUGUGUACAAAAUAAUAGCAUUGAGAUAUGA